ACUUUGUUUGUUGUAAAAAAAAUAUUUUAUAAGAAAAAUAUGAAUAUUUUAUAAGAAAAAUAUGAAUAUUUUUCGCUCAUGGUUGGACAUGGAAAGAUUUGCGGGAGGGUUUCAAGAAUGGGAUGCUUACGAGGGAGUAUGCAGCAGGGCUCACCGAAUUUAUGAAUGUCGCUUUGAAACAAGAAAUCUGCUUAAGAAGUGGUAAGAUGUUUUGCCUUUGUCCAUCUUGUAACAAUAAUAAUUUCAUUGAUAAGGAGUUAGUUUGGGGACAUAUAUAUAGAGAUGGAAUAAUGUCGAGUUAUAAAGUAUGGUUUUAUCAUGGGGAAAAUGAUGCAUACCAUGUGGGUAGUACUAGUGAAAAUGUGUUGGAGAGGGUUGAAGAAUCUAGAUUGGGUUCAGAGGAUGUAGGAACGGUUCAAAUGGUUCAUGAUGCAUAUAGGGAAAAUAUGCAGGCAUAUCCAGAACCUGAAAAUAGAAAAGAAGAACCAAAUUUAGAAGCAAAAAGAUUUUAUGAUAUGCUAGAUGCUUCAAAGAAUAAGUUAUAUGAAAGUUGUAAGGAAGGAAAUUCUCCUUUAUUCGCUGCAACUAGAAUGAUGAAUAUAAAGACGGAUUUACAAUUUGUCAGAAGAUUGUGUAGAUGCUUGGGCAGAUUUUGUGAAAGAAGUUUUGCCAGAAGACAACAUUUCACCGGCUUCUUAUAAUGAAAUUGAGAAGCUUGUUUCUGGGCUUGGUUUGCCAUAUCAGAUGAUCGAUGUUUGUAUUGACAACUAUAUGAUUUACUGGCAAUCUGACGCUGACUACUUAGCCUAUCGAUUUUGUGGAAAGCCCCGGUUUCAGAAUACUAGUGGAAGGUCUCGAAUACCUUUUAAGCAUAUGUGGUAUUUACCAUUAGCAGAUUGGUUGAAGAGGUUAUAUCAAGCAGAGCGCACAGCUGCAGCAAUGAGAUGGCACCAAGAGCAUUCAAGCGAAGGCGAGAUCGUGCAUCCCUCAGACGCAGAGGCAUGGAAACAUUUUCAGAGAUUGUAUCCUUCUUUCGCAGCAGAAAGUAGGAACGUCUACCUUGGACUAUGUACAGAUGGUUUCAACCCUUUUGGAAAGCAUGAACGACAAUAUUCUUUGUGGCCAGUUAUUCUCACACCUUAUAAUCUGCCUCCGUCAUUGUGCAUGAAGCGAGAGUUUCUAUUUCUCUAUGUGCUUGUUCCUGGUCCAGAACACCCAAAGAGAUGCCUUGAUGUGUUCUUACAACCGUUGAUUCAUGAGUUAAAGGUCAUAUGGGAUCACGGAGUUCAAGCCUAUGAUGUCUUCUGGCAGCAAAACUUUACUCUUCGUGCGGUGCUAAUGUGGACUAUAAGCGAUUUUCCAGCAUACGGAAUGUUAUCAGGAUGGACAACGCAUGGACGAUUAUCAUGCCCAUAUUGUCAAGAUAGUACAGAUGCAUUUCAGUUAAAACAUGGACGAAAGACAAGUUGGUUUGACUGUCACAGACGAUUUCUCCCACGCUCACAUCCUUACAGUCGCAACAAAAAAUUGUUUAAAAAAAAUUGCACAGUUUCAGAUGCUCCACCGCCUGAGCUAGAUAGUGAAAGUAUUUUGACGCAACUUAGGGAUUUUGGUGCAGAGAUGACAACAUAUAGCGGUGGAAGUGUGCAUAAUCCAAUUGAUGGUUAUGGAGAGUACCACAAUUGGCAUAAACAUAGUAUUUCCUGGGUGUUGCCUUAUUGGAAAGAUCUCUUGUUAAAACACAAUCUUGAUGUCAUGCACAUUGAAAAGAAUGUCUUCGACAACUUGAUGAAUACCGUUUUAAAUGUCCCAGGGAAAACAAAAGACAAUGUGAAGUCGAGAUUAGACUUGCCUUUAAUAUGUAAUCGCCCUCAUUUACAUGUCUUACCAAGCGGAAGAGGUCCUAUUCCAAAAUUCAGAUUAGAUGGAGAUGCUAAGGAUGCAUUUUUUAGGUGGAUUGUGCGUAAAGUUAAAUUCCCUGAUGGAUAUGCUUCCAACUUACGAAACUGUGUUGACAACCAAGAAGGUCGAUUAUCAGGGAUGAAGAGUCAUGAUUGUCAUGUGUUUAUGCAACGGUUACUACCAUUUGCAUUUGUCGAACUCCUUCCCAAAAACGAACAUGAAGCUAUUGCAGGAAUAAGUGCUUUUUUCGGGACCUAUGUACAAGAACACUUACGUUAGCUGGUAUUAGACAAUUAUCUGACAACAUACCCGUUCUUAUAUGCAAUUUUGAGAAAAUAUUCCCACCCUCCUUCUUUGAUGUAAUGAAGCAUCUUCCAAUUCAUCUUCCCAGAGAGGCAGAACUUAGGGGUCCUGUACAGUAUAAAUGGAUGUACCCUUUUGAAAGAUUCAUGUUUCACUUGAAAAAGAAGGUAAAAAUUUUAAGCAGAGUGGAAGGUUCGAUUAUCGCUCAAAGCAUUAAUGAAGAAAGAUCAAAUUUUGCUGGUCACUAUUUUCCCCCAAGUGUUCAAACGAAGAGCAGAAAACCAAGCCGUUACGAUGAUGGUGGAGAAAAACCACAAUACAUAACCCAAGUUCCUGAUAUUUUCUCACAAAUUGGGCGGUUAAGUGGAAAACCAACUAAGCGGUGGCUAACCGAAGAAGAAGUUAAACACUUGCAUACUUACAUUCUAUUGAAUUGUGAGGAACUAUGGCCAUAUGAGAGGAUUUAUAUCGAGCAGUUGCGAACAUCAUAUCCACAUAUUGAUGAGGAGACUAUUGCCACCAUGAAACAAAAUGAGUUUCAACAAUGGAUGAAAUUAUAUGUGAUAAAAUGCAACAGUAGAGGUGAAAGAUUACACACUUGGUUAGAAGAGUUGGUUGACGGUCCAUUGUCACUUGCACAUAGUUCACCUACUUACUACACACGUGGAUAUGCAUUCAAAGUCUAUCGCGAGAGAGAGAACAUGACAACAAUCAACUCCGGGAUCAGUACGCAAGCCGGUAAUACAAUAUAUUACGGUGUUCUAAAUGAGAUAUUGGAGGUCGAAUUUCCAAGAGUAAUUAAUUUGAAAUGCAUAAUUUUCAUGUGUGAUUGGUAUGAUCCAUCUAUCGGGAGGGGAGUACGUUUUGACAAAUUUGGUGUAACUGCAGUAAGAACAUCCAGGAGGCUAGAUAAAUAUGAUCCUUUUUUCCUAACAUCACAGGGGGAGCAAGUGUGUUACAUUCCCUAUCCUCACAUUAACAAAAAAAAAGAUUUGUGGAUUAUUGUUACACAAAUAAGCCCGAGAGGUAGAGUGCACAGCGUCAUAGAAAAUGGCCCUUUGCAACAAACGUAUGUUGGGGACAUAGGUUCUGUUGAGCUUACUCAUGACGAAACUAUCCCAGGAGAAUUAGAAAAAGAGAUCACGAUCGAUAAUGUUUUGGACGUUUCUGAAGAAGAGCUUGGAGAGUUUGAAGAAGAGCCUGAUUCCGCAUUAUCCGAAUAUUCUUCCGAUUCUGAAUAAACGCCACACACUAGGGAGGAAUACGAACGUUACAUGUCAGAACAGCAACGAAAUCAUGAACGGAGUCCACAUAGCUACUCUUCUCAUGAUCUCCCAAGGUUUCAGCAGCCACACUACUUUCCGGCAAGUGAUGUUCUCGGAUCCAAUUCACCAUCAGCGGAGAGUGAGGAAUCAGUUGUCCCUAUAUUGGCCGACGUGAAUGAUUUGUUGAAUGCUCCAGGACGCACACACCUCCCAGUUUUAUGUCCGAACCGUGAAGGAACAGAUAUAUGGUUUAGACGUGACAGAACCGGGAAGAUAACAAAGCAACUUCUGAAAAUGCUGAAAUCUGAUCUCCCAAAACCAUAUCCAACUUAUCGGUCUCUCCCUUAAGAUAUCAAGAACCGAUGGUUCCGAGCUUUUGCGCAAGAGUUUAACUCGGACUCAAGCAUAACAGAGUAUGUCCGCACACAUUACAUUAAGCAAGCUAAAGCAUCUUUUAAAGCAAACAUCCGUGACUGGAAGAAAAAGUGGAAGCAGGAAGGUCCUGAGAACUUACCAGAUUGGAUGAAGGCAAAGAAAAAUCUCUUUGAUGGUUACAUCAAGAUGUGGACAGACGAAAAGACAAUCAAGAUGGCAACCAAAAACUCAAAGUGCCGUGGAAGUAUAAGGGGUGGUUUAGGUGUUGCUAAACACAACAACGGUGCAAUAACAUAUGAAAGACGUUGGGAUAAAAUGACAAUUGAACUGGGAUCGCCGCCUAAUAUGAUUUAUUUCAUGGAACAAACGCACUUAGACAAGAAGACGCGUACAAUUAGCGAUAUGAAGACAAAACAGAUUCUUGAGAUGGCUACAAGUGAGAUGGAGAUCGUCCAAUCUCAACGACAUUCUCAAGCUGAAGAUGAUGACUCGGUUCAGUCAAUCCCUCUUACUCAUGACGAGAUAAACUCUAUCAUGCGUAAAGUUGUUCCCAAGGUACGAGGAAAACGUUAUGGCUUUGGUAACCUUUUUGAUGAGGACUCGUCUGAAGCUUCACCACGGCAGAUUCCCAAGUUACAAGAAGAGAUAAAAACUUUGAAAGCACGUGAACUUGAAAAAGACGCUCAGAUCAAGUACCUCAUAGAAUGCAACAAGCUUCUCCUAAGUAAGUUUCCUGACCUACAGCCACCUAACCACCCAGUGACCACAACGGUGGAGGACGAUGAUGAAACUCAACCAUAACUGUUUCCUAAAUGAUGUUGUAUGAUAUUUGACUUAUGUAUUGUAAAACUUUUAGAUUUUACCACUGCAUGUAUAUAAAGGUAAUUUCUUUUA